AUGUCUAAAACCAUAGGUGUAUACACGAUCGGACCCGAGAUUGGGAAGGGCUCCUUCGCCACCGUAUACAAAUGCGUGGACAAUAACACCCAUGAAUCCGUGGCUGUCAAGUCCGUGGUGCGCCUGAAGCUCAAGUCGAAGAAGCUUAUCGAGAACUUGGAGGUGGAGAUCUCCAUUCUUAAGUCCAUGAAGCACCCCCAUGUCGUGGGGCUACUUGACUAUCAUCAGACGUCUACUCACUUUCACUUGGUGAUGGACUACUGCUCCAUGGGUGAUUUGUCCUACUUCAUCCGUCGUCGGGACCAGCUUGUGAAGACCCACCCGGUUGUUUCGCAGCUACUUGCACGCUACCCUUCCCUUGAGGGGUCCCACGGCUUGAAUGAAACACUCGUCAUACAUUUCUUGAAGCAGCUCAGUUCUGCUCUUGAAUUUUUGAGAUCCAAGUCGUUGGUACACAGGGAUAUAAAGCCACAGAACUUGCUUCUUUGUCCGCCGGUACACUCUAGGGAGCAGUUUGAGAAGGAAAACUUCGUCGGACUAUGGGAGCUCCCCAUCUUGAAGAUUGCCGAUUUCGGCUUUGCAAGAUUCUUACCCUCCACAUCAAUGGCCGAAACAUUAUGCGGCUCGCCGUUGUACAUGGCUCCAGAAAUCUUGCGUUAUGAGAAAUACAACGCAAAGGCUGACUUGUGGUCCGUCGGUGCUGUCUUCUAUGAAAUGACUGUUGGCAAACCACCCUUUCGUGCUGCAAAUCAUAUCGAGUUAUUAAAGACCAUCGAGAAGACGCACGAUAAGAUCAAAUUUCCCUCCUCUGCACAAGUUCCGGAAUCGCUCCGCAAGUUGAUCAGAUCACUCUUGAAAUACAAUCCAACAGAGCGUGUCUCGUUCAACGAAUUCUUCAAUCAUCCACUAAUAGUGAACGAGUUGGAGGGUAAGGAUAGGCCAUUGGACACAUCCGAAAUGGAUACAAACCUUUUCAUCAGUGAGUACAUCUCACCUAUAAAGGCCUCUGAUAGGGCCAAGUUUGUCUCGCCGAUAAUGCCCACGACGAGCGAGGACAACCAGAGGAACGAGGAGGGUCGUUCUCUGUCUAGAUCAGGGAACUCAACGCCCCCUUCGAAUCCUCAGCUUAUCAGAAGAGACUACCCACGAGAACUCAUGGCUCAUGGCUCGAAUUCAAGGGAUGAGCAGAUCAAACUGAUCAUCAAUCAGAAUAGCCCUGAUUCUACCGCUCUCACACAUUCUAUUCAGCCAAGAUAUCCUGAGAUCAAGCCGGGUCAGCGUCCUCAUAAUGACGUGAUUUUGGAAAAGGAUUAUGUUGUGGUCGAGAAGCGUGCAGUGGAAGUUAAUGCAAUUGCUGAUGAAUUAGCAAAAGUUGGAACGAACGCUGUGGCCUCUCAUACUCAACACUUACAACCUCAGGGGAGCGAGCGCAACGUUGUACUACUGAGGAGAUCGUCACAGAGAUCCUCUGGGUCUUCCGGUCGUAGACCAAGUUUCGGGGAAAGGAGAAUCUCGAUAUCAAUUUCUCCAACAAAUGCCUUGGGCAAAGCUAUUAGUCUUGCCUCUAAUCGUCUAUUUGGCGGGGCAGCGCAAGCAGCUGAGAUACCGGAAGAAGGCUCUCAAACUGGCGAGCUCAACAACUUUUCGACAUUGAUUUCGAGUCCAGAUUUUGCAAAUAACUUGUUAUUGAAAAAAGUGAAGCUUCCCACAUCGAACACUCUCUUGGCUGCUAAUAAUCAGGAUCAAGCUGGAAGGAGCGAAUUGCCGUACGACGAGAAAGUGUUAUCUCAAUUGGAGUCUUUGGCAACAAAGUCUCAUGCUAUCAGUUUGUUUGCGGAUGUCAAGUUCAGUCAGUUGAUUCCUUCGCCUCCUUCUACAGACGAAUAUGAUGAUGAAAUCAUGCAGCAUAAUGAUUUGCUUCCCCCAAAGAUGAUUAAAGCGAUUAGUGAAGAGGGCGUUGUGUUGUACGUGAAGACGCUCUCUCUUCUUGCGAAAGGUAUGGCUUUAGCAAGCAAUUGGUGGCUUACUCACUAUGACAAAGACGAGUCAACAGGAGAGCAACAGCUUGUUCGGUCCUUGGAUCUUCAGGUUUCGUCUCAAAUAAACGAGCUCGUACAGUGGAUUCGGGAUCAAUUUAAUGAAUGUCUCGAGAAGGCAGAGUUUAUCAAGCUAAGGUUGGAGGAGGCAAACGCCAGCAUCAACAAGGAGGAAGAGAUAACUGGCGUCUCGAAUCUAACCGAGACUGCGACUGCAACUACAGUUAGUAGAGAUGCCAACAGUGACUCCGUACAUGUUGUUGCAGAGAAGUUGAUUUUUGAUAGAGCUCUUGAAAUAUCAAGGAAUGCCGCAGUCAAUGAGUUGGUGAAAGAAGAUUUGAAAGGAUGUGAACUCGCUUAUAGCACAGCAAUUUGGAUGUUGGAGGCUCUUCUUGAUGAGGAGUCUCCAGAUGUUGAUAAGUUGGAUAACGAGGAUAGGGCUAUGGUCGAGAAAUUUGUGGUCAGUAUUGGCAACAGGUUAUCUGUUUUGAAGAAGAAACUUGAAUUGAGUUGA